CGGAAAGCAGCGCGCACGUGAUCCCCCGCCCUAGCCCUUCGAGUCGGGGCCGGUCUCUGGCCGGGCUGCUGUAGAGACACUGAGGAGCUACCAACGCCUCCCAACUGGGAUAAUUCACAGGAAUUCUCAGUAUGGCAGAAAUGGGUGUGGAAAAAGAUAAAGGAGAGGGACUACUGAAGAGGGUGCAGGAACUGGAGGAAGAAGUGAAGAGACUGCAAGAGAAACUCUUGGAGGGCAAGGAGGGCACAGACAUAAAAAGCAACCCUUCAGCACUGGGGAAAACUAAGAAACGCCAGCAGCGGCCAUUUGAUUUUAGUGCCUAUGGCCGGAGACAUGUGGCACUGAAGAUUGCCUACCUGGGCUGGGGUUACCAGGGCUUUGCCAGCCAGGAGAACACCAGCAACACCAUUGAAGAAAAACUGUUUGAGGCACUAAGCAAGACCCGGCUGGUAGACAAUAGGCAGACUUCCAAUUAUCAUCGCUGUGGACGGACAGACAAGGGGGUCAGUGCAUUUGGACAGGUGAUUUCCCUGGACCUUCGCUCAAACCUUUCAGAGGGAAAGAAAGUGAAUGGUCAUGAGGGUGGCUUGGAAGACAAAACCAGUAGUCCUGCCAACGAAAUCCGCUACACCCAUAUCCUAAAUCGGGUGCUCCCUCCUGACAUACGCGUGUUGGCCUGGGCCCCUGUAGAGCCCAGCUUCAGUGCUAGAUUCAGCUGCCUCAAGAGGACCUAUCGCUAUUUUUUCCCUCGUGCAGAUUUAGAUGUGGCCCUCAUGAAUGCUGCAGCCCAAAAAUAUGUGGGGACCCAUGACUUCCGGAACUUGUGCAAGAUGGAUGUAGCCAAUGGCGUGACAAACUUCCAAAGGACUAUUCUCACAGCACAGGUGCAGCUGGUGGAUAGAAGAGGGGAAACUGGGCUACAGGACCCUUUCCAACUGUACCAGUUUGAAGUCACAGGCCAGGCAUUCCUCUAUCAUCAAGUCCGUUGCAUGAUGGCAAUCCUCUUGCUAAUUGGACAGAGUAUGGAGAAUCCAGAGAUUAUUGAUGAGCUAUUGGAUGUAGAGAAGAACCCUCGAAAACCACAGUACAGCAUGGCAGUGGAAUUUCCUCUGGUUCUGUAUGACUGCGAGUUUGAAAACAUCCAGUGGAUCUACGACCAAGAAGUUCAGGAGUUUAAUGUUACUCAUCUACAGCAACUCUGGGCCAAUCAUGCAGUCAAAACUCACAUGUUAUAUAACAUGUUACAGGGGCUAGACUCUGCUGUCAUACCCACAGGGCCAGGCCCAGAGAAGGACAGAAUGGUCCUCUGGAGAGAGGUGAAGCCCCCAGUCCACAACCAGGUCAGCAGUUUCAUCGAGGGGGUGAAGGCCCGCACUUACAAACCUUUGCUGGCUCGUCCCAAGUGCGAAGGUUUGGAGUCCCGGAUCAAUCACUUUGUGCGCAGGGGACGUAUUGAGCUGCCACACUGCAGGGAGAAAGAGACUGGAGCAGACAAAGAGGAGCACCUAGAAACAAAGAGAGGCCACAAUGACAGUGCAGAAAAAGAUAGUGAGGUUCCGGGACAAGCUGCCAAGCGGGUCUGUGUGGACACAGUCCAAGAGCUCUAAACGAGACCUUGCCACCUGAUCACAGAAGCAGGACCAUCUUUCAGUGAUGGGGUGGAAGUGGUCCCCUAGGAUUUUAGGAAAGGAAGCAUUUGGGGGUGGGAGGAAGGGCACAGAGGAGAGGAAUCCUUUUAAAGCUGCAAUUCUGCACCUACUUUUUUAAAAUAUUAAUUUCCAGGGCACUGUCCAAAGAACUAUUGUACAAUGAUAUAGUGCAGAGGUUCUCAAACAGGUCCAUGAAACAUGCUGGGCAUAUGGUACUUGUUUUACCUCCUUUUUACCAGCUGCUAAAAUGCAUUAAAAGUAGCGAAUAUUACUUUUCCAUGCAAGCAAUUGCUGUAUUUGCCACAGGAAUAUCAUGUGAUUAAAUGGAAGAGGUGGUGCCCCAUGUAAUUGAGGACAAGUGGUUGAGACAGUAUAAGUGUGAUCCAGACUAGGAAAGUGAAAACCCCUACUCUAAGGGGCCACCAUUAUUUCCUUUCAUCCCUCAAUUUCUUCAGCCCUUUCAUGCUGCACUUUCUGCUUAAGCACUUUGCACAUGGAAGAGUUGCAGAGAGAACCAGUUAGUACCCUGGCCAGGGUCCGUUUUCAGCCAGCUCCCUGGGUAAAGUGCUGUCUCAGCAACUGCUGCCAGGCUCCUGUUUGCCACCCAGAGUGCAUUCUGGUGGGUAGUACCCAAAAGUAGGAAGUAUGGCAAGUGCUUUGGAGCAGUGGUUCUCAAACUUGGGCCAUCGCUUGUUCGGGGAAAGCCCCUGGCAGGCUGGGCCUGUUUGUUUACCUGCCGCAUCCGCAGGUUCAGCUGAUUGCGGCUCCUGCUGGCUGCGGUUCACCGCUCCUGGCCAAGGGGGGCUGCAGGAAGCACUGCAGGACAAGGGAUGUGCUGGCUGCCCUUCCAACAGCCCCCAUUGGUCGGGAGCGGCGAACCGCGGCCAGUGGGAGGCACGAUCGGCUGAACCUGCAGAUGUGGCAGGUAAACAGACCAGCUCGGCCUGCCAGGGGCUUUCCCUGAGCAAGUGGCAGCCCAAGUUUGAGAACCACUGCUUUGGAGGAACCCAGGAAUGUUGUAGGUUCCUUCCCCUUCAUUCCUGCAGGCUUUAUUUAAUUGAGAAAGGUGAGAUACUUAGAGGCUACAGCUCUGUGGAAGUGUAAACGCUUUGGGUAACAGUGCUAUUCAUGGAGACUACCUCCAGGCACUUAAGUGUCAGCAUGAAACUAGGGAGCAAGGAAGUUUGAAAGAAAGUUCACUAAAAGAAUCAUGUCAGAAAUAAUCAGCUUUUUCUAGAAACAUAGGAUACAAUUUCAGAUGAAACACUUGUCCCAAUUACAAAUAUUGGGUGGGAUGGACAGCAGGAGAGGCAGAGAAGGCUGGAUAAAUUAUUUUGGAAAGGAAGAGCCCGUACUGCAGGAGAAGAAUUGAAAGGCAAUAGUAGAAUAGUCAUGUCAGGAUGCGGCAAUGUCUUAAUUUCUGAAUCAGAUCAUUAAACACUUUUCAGUUUUAAACUAGA